AGAGCCUGAACACACUUUCCUUUUUCCUUUCAGAUCUAACCAUGAGCUACCCAGGCUACCCCCCGCCCGCGGGCGGCUACCCGCCAGCUGCACCAGGUGGCGGUGCCUGGGGAGGUGCUGGCUACCCACCACCCAACAUGCCCCCCAUCGGGCUGGAUAACGUGGCCAGCUACGCAGGGCAGUUCAACCAGGACUACCUCUCGGGAAUGGCUGCCAACAUGUCCGGGACGUUCGGAGGAGCCAACGUGCCAAACCUGUACCCGGGGGCCCCUGGGGGCGGUUACCCUCCCGUCCCCCCGGGGGGUUUCGGGCAUUCCCCUUCCGCCCAGCAGCCUGUUCCUCCAUAUGGAAUGUACCCGCCCCCUGGAGGAAACGCACCCUCUGGGAUGCCCUCGUAUCCGCCAUACCCAGGGGCCCCUGUGUCAGGCCAGCCCAUGCCGCCCCCUGGGCAGCAGACCUCGGGGGCCUACCCUGGACAGCCGCCCAUGACCUACCCUGUGCAGUCGCCAAUGCCACCUCCGGGACAGCAGCCGGCGCCAAGCUACCCAGGGUACUCUGGGUCUGGGACCGUCACCCCUGCUGUGCCCCCAGCCCAGUUUGGAAACCGAGGCACCAUCACAGAUGCUCCUGGGUUUGACCCCCUGCGAGACGCCGAGGUCCUGCGGAAGGCCAUGAAGGGCUUUGGGACUGAUGAGCAGGCCAUCACUGACUGCCUGGGGAGUCGCUCCAACAAGCAGCGGCAGCAGAUCCUCCUGUCCUUCAAGACAGCUUAUGGGAAGGAUUUGAUCAAAGAUCUGAAAUCUGAACUGUCAGGAAACUUUGAGAAGACGAUCUUGGCCCUGAUGAAGACCCCGGUCCUCUUUGAUGCUUAUGAGAUAAAGGAAGCCAUCAAGGGGGCAGGCACUGAUGAAGCCUGCCUGAUCGAGAUCCUCGCCUCCCGCAGCAAUGAGCACAUCCGGGAACUGAACAGAGUCUACAAGACAGAAUUCAAAAAGGCCCUGGAGGAGGCCAUUCGGAGCGACACGUCAGGGCACUUCCAGCGGCUCCUCAUCUCUCUCUCUCAGGGAAACCGGGAUGAAAGCUCAAACGUGGACAUGACGCUCGUCCAGAGAGAUGUACAGGUGAGUGUGGUGGCCGCUCACCUGGCUUCCUGAGCAGGGGAGUGUCUU